AUGGCCGACUACGAGAGGAUCCGCCUGGUGGUCCUGGGGGCCGCAGGGGUUGGGAAAAGCGCCAUCGUCAAGCGUCUCCUCGGCCAGGGCUUCACGGAGAGGUACAGAGCCACGGUGGAGGACCUCUACUCCAGGGAGUGCGUCCUGGGCACCCUGACCCUGAAGGUGGAUCUCCUGGACACGGCAGGUGACCUGCAAUUCCCGGCGAUGCGUCGACUCAGCAUCGCCACGGCUCACGCCUUCCUCUUGGUCUACGCGAUCACCUCGCAGCCGAGCUUCGACGAGGUCAAGAGGUGCUUCGAGGAGAUCAGAGAGCAGCGACCGGACUUCCAGGAGGUGCCGAUCGUCGUGGCCGGGAACAAGCUGGACUUGGCCCCGGCCCGGAAGGUGGUCCCCAUCGAAGACGUCAGCGAGUGGCUCUACUGCGAGCUGCCGAAGCUCCGAGGGAAAGUAAUGGAGUGCUCGGCGAAGGACGACUACAACAUCAAGGAGAUCUUCAGGUGCUUCGUCACCCUCUCGAGGAUCGUCCCGAAGAACCCCACAGGGGACGUCGACGAGUCCGGCCUCAGGCGGCGGUGUUCGGCUUACGGCUCGCGCAGGUCCUCCGAUUAUUUCUCUAAUUUCGACACUUUACAGCGAUCCGGAAGUCCAGGAGGGAGGACCGGAAGCGCAGGUUCGGGGAGUCAGCAGCAGCUGUUGGCGGCGCAGGGGACCAGCGUGGUGGCGGUUGCCGAAGAGGUGAAGAGCAAGCCUCGAAGUCGCAGUCUGAUCAGGCGGGCCUCCCGGAAGACCAAGCAGCAAAUUAGGGACGCCCACUCGGACGACUGCAACAUCUCCUAAGUCCCCGAUGAUGGCUCGAGGGUCUCGACGCGACCCCGAAGGGGCGGUCGGACCUCCUUCCUCGCAGGAAACGUCGACCAGGGUCCAA